AUGGCAUUUUUAUGGUUCAUCUUCAUACUCUUUAUUUUGAGCUCCCAAAACAAACCUCCCAUUGACCCACUUGAACAAAAUGCACUUUACCAUCUCCUCAGCUCCCUCAACCCAACCAUUCCUUGGACCGCUCUCUUCCCCGACGAUCUCUGUGUCACUGCCCCACGCUUCGUAGUCUGCGAAUCUCAUCGUCAACAAAACCAAACUACCAAAUCACACAUUGUUCAACUCACGUUCCCACCUUGCUCGCCAAAUGCUACUCUCGACCCUUCUCUCUUCACCCCGUUCCCAUACCUUCGCAAAAUCUCCUUCUCCAACUGCUUCAACAACAUGCACAAACCCAUUCACCUCCUUUCACUUCCCUCUUUCCCUUCAUCUAUCCAAGAACUCGUCUUCAUCGACAAUCCAUCUCUUGUUUCACCUCUUGAACCUUUUCUCCGCAACCUUACCUCUCUCAAGAAACUCAUCUUGGUCGGAAACGGCUUCUAUGGUGAACUUCCUCUGCAGAUGAGUGUUUUUCAUAACCUUGAACAGCUUAAUCUCUCAAGAAACAAUCUCUCUGGCGAGGUUCCGGCAAGUAUCGGAAUGCUCGAGAAAUUGGAGAUUCUUGAUCUCAGUCAUAACGACUUCCAAGGGUGUGUCCCAGAACAGGUCGGGAAUCUUGUUAAUCUUUUGAAACUUAACUUGAGCCAUGAUGAGUUCGGUUGUAAAAUCCCAGAGAGUUUUAUCCAUUUGAAAAAGUUGGAGUUAUUGGAUUUAAGCUUCAACCAUUUAGGAAACUAUGGUAUCCCUUUGUUCUUAAGAGAAUUUUACAGAAUGAAAGAAGUUCAUUUGAGUGGGAACUCACUCACCGGUAAGAUUCCAGAAAUAUGGAAAAAACUUGGCGGUGUUGAAAAAAUAGGAUUUUCUAAAAUGGGCUUGGUUGGUGAAAUCCCAGCUUCAAUGGGAAUUCAUCUGAAAAAUAUGACUUAUCUUGGGCUUGAUAACAACAACCUUGAAGGUCAUGUACCUAAGGAAUUUGGGUUUCUUUUAAAGUCUGGUAAUGAAAUAAACUUGGAGAACAACAAUUUGAGUGGUAGAAUCACAUUCAUUUGUGGAGGAGGAGUUGGAGGGAACAAGUUGAAGUUGGGAGGAAAUGUAGGGCUGUAUGUGGAAAACAAGAAUGAUAGUUGUCCUGGUGAUGUCAUUUUCAAUGGGGUUUCUGUUUCUGUGCAGCUUUUUGAUCCUCUUAUGUUGGUUUUGCUCUUCAUCAUAUUGUUCGUCUUUUCUUGA